AUUUGUGGGACGAUGACGAAUUGUGUUCAUUAAUAUCAAUGGCGGCAUUAGACCUCUGUGCUGAGAUAACUUGUACUGGAUUUAGAAUACCACAGGAUUCUUUUCAUGCCUUUCAUUAAAGGAAACAUGCAUUUCAAGCCUAAAUCUUUUAUCAGAAUUAUCAAAAUUGCCUAAUAAAAAGUGUGUACGAUAUGAAAUGUAAUACUCAUGUCUUCCGAGGCGCUAAAACAACAGCAUUAUUACAUCUUUUAAACCAUUUAUAACAGCUCUUAAUUUGACAUUCUUUAAUGUUAAUAUUGUGAUUGUAAUAUUAAUCAGUUUUUACCAGUGAGUUAUUGCUGUUUGAAUAAUUUUGUAACAUACCGGGAACUUUGAUAUGUAAUGGUUGGCAACGGUCCUCUGGCGGGCUGACACAAAGGGUUAGCCGAUACGCGAUUCCGUUUUGUAAAUUUUCUUGCGGGUGUUGCUUAUUGGUUUCUAGUCUUUUUACGCUGUGUUUGUUACUUGGCUUAAGUAUUAAAAGCUUCCAACAUACUACUGCUUUGUUUCUGUACGAUGUGUGGGCCACAUGGACAUAUUCCAAAAGAUCUGAAACUGGAUUCUCCGCUCCCCCCAGAUAACGGAGAGAUAGUAAUGGCUGUAACAAGCACACAGGACCACAGUAUCGUAACUGACCUGCACACACUGCUGGAAUCGGGUGAGGGUGCGGACGUGAAGCUGGUGGUCGGUGACUCUGAGCUGAUGGCCCACAGUCCCAUACUGACAGCGAGGAGCCCAGUUUUUGCUGCCAUGUUGCGAAAUAACAUGAAAGAAGCCCGCAGCCGCCAAAUUGAGAUAACAGACUUGCAGGAAGAUGUGCUAAAACAGCUACUGUGUUUCAUGUACACCGAUACAGCUCCACAGCUAGCGACCAUGCUGGGCGAAAUGAUAGCUGCCGCCGAUAAAUAUGAUCUGCCGUUGCUAAAAGAAAAGUGCGAGGAACAGAUAGCGCAGGGCCUGAGUGUCGAGAAUGCUGCUGCCGCCGCACUCCUCGCUGUGCUGCACUCCUGUCCGAGGCUCGAGAGAGCAGCCGUGGCCUUCAUAGCGACCCACCCCGAGGUGAUGACCUCUGCCGGCUGGAUAAAUGUCUUGCGGGGCAAUGCGGAGGCUGCAGCUCAAAUAUGUAGUCUGGUGGCGGCAGCGACGCCAAGAACCAGAACGUCGUCUGUGGAGCAGACACAGGACUUGGCUGAGAAGAUGAUAGCGGCAGCUAAAGCUGCCCGAGUGGACGAGUUGCAGAGGUUGCUGGGAGUGGGGGCACCAGUCGACGCAAGGGACAACAAUGGGUACACCAUCUUGCACCUGGCAGUGAUGAAUGCAGGUGCAGAAUCGGCUAGACGUGGCAGAGCGAACACCUACGCGCAAGUGGCAGCGUACACCGGUGCAGAAACUGUGAAGUGUCUUCUGGACGCGGGAGCACCUGCCAAUGUGAAGGACAAGAGUCUGCAGACACCUCUGCAUGCAGCUGCGUAUCGGGGUGACGUGAAGAUCAUGUGGACACUGUUGACGGCAUCGGCAAAGGCAGAUGUUAAGGAUCGUUGGGGAAAGACACCGCUCCACUGGGCUGCUGCCACAGACAAUGUAGAAGCAGUGAGGGCACUGCUUCUGGCUGGAGCAAACAAGGAUAUAAGGGAUCACAAAGGUCUCCUACCUGUAGACGUAGCAACUGCAUUCACUAGAGAACUAUUCAGUAUUUACUAAACAUUACAUAAAUGUUGUUCUACUUCCAUAUCUCUUAAAUAUUAAGAUGGAUAUGUAAUUAAUUUCUGUUGUAUCACAGAAAAUGAAAUAAAGUAUUUUCAGAAUUUCUA